AUGAAGUACAAAACUGGAUCCAUUAACAGCACAGGCGUGCUUUCCAGUGAGACCUUCAGAUUCCUCUCUACUUCGUCACCAAGUGAUACGGAGGCGGUGAAAGGGAUUGUCUUCGGGUGCGGUUAUAAAAACUAUGACGAUGAUGGUAAUGCUGGUGAUGCUUAUCAGAUAGCAGGGACUUUUGGCAUGAGCCCUGGUCCCCGCUCUUUUCUAAGCCAAUAUAAAGCAAAAAAAAUUUCAUUCUGCAUGGUUCCGCGCUAUGUGAAAAACCCUCCAUCAACCUACCUGAGGUUUGGCUCAGAAGUGAAGCCGUUAACAAGGUUUCAGACGGUGGAUCUUCUUAUGACAAGGGCAACUAAAAAUCACUUUGUUCUACAGCUGGAAGACCUUGGAGUAAACGGCAAGAGGCUUCGGAUUGAUCGGAGAAAGCUUGGAGAUCAGCAGUUAGUUGUUGACUCUGGCUCCACUGAUUCAUUUAUACUGAACGGUGCCCAUGAAAAACUUGUGAGUAAAUUAGAUAGCAUUCUAAUUACCGCAACUGGGGACUUUGAAAAGGAUGUUGUAACCUUUAAAGACAAAAUUUGUCAUAAUAGGAUGAAGUAG